AUGGUUCUCGCUCCUCAUCCCAACCCGGAGAGCCCCGUGCUCUCUCACUUCGAUCUUUCAGGCAAGACCGCCCUUGUGACAGGAGGAUCUCGAGGAAUUGGCCUCGAAGUGGUGCGCGGGCUCGUUGAGGCUGGCGCAAAAGUGGCCUUCACGUACUCGAGCACACCCUCAGCGGAAGCCGACAAGCUCGCUGCCGACAUUUCGGCAGCUAGCAAUGACCGCGCGGUGAGAGCUUACAAAGUCAACGUUCGGUCAAGGACUGAGAUCGAGGCUAUCGUUGAGAAGACUGCAGCGGAGCUGGGUGAGGGUCGGCUGGACAUCGUGGUGGCCAAUGCAGGGAUUGCCACGCAUAUACCUGCGAUCGAGUAUCCCGAAGACAAGUUCCGGGAGAUGUUUGACGUGAACGUGAAUGGCGCCUUCUGGACGGCCCAAGCGGCGGCCAAGGUGUUCGAGAGGCAGUGGAAGAAGGGAGGGGAGAACACGCCACACCGGGGGUCUAUCAUCUUCACGGCGUCGGUGUCAGCAACGCUGGUGAACGUGCCCCAGAAGCAAGCCGCCUAUAAUGCUAGUAAAGCUGCACUUGUGCACCUCUCAAAAUCUCUAGCUGUCGAGUGGGUCGAUUUUGCCCGAGUCAACAGCGUAUCUCCGGGUUUUAUUGACACUGAUAUGCUCUCGGUUCAUCCCGAGGAAUGGAGGAAGCAGUGGUUCAGCAUGAUCCCAGGCAGGAGACUCUGCAAGGCAGCCGAACUCAAGGGAACGUAUGUUUAUCUUGCGAGUGACGCGAGCAGCUACAUGACCGGGGCGGACUUGAUUAUUGAUGGUGGUUACACGCUCCCAUAA